UACUCUGAUACUACAAAGAUGUCUGAUAAUAAUAUUGACUGGUCACACAGCCACAGGGGCAUGUGCAAGGUAGAUCUCUACAGCCCAACAGGACAGCAAGAUCAGGACCAGAAAGUGAUAUGCUGUGCUGAUGUGUCCACCCUGAACAUGGAAGAUGAAGAUUCUAAGGAUGCUGCUGGUUCCAAUUCAGAAGGUGACUUAAACCUGGAGAAUCUGGAAGAAGAAGAAAUUAUUGUGAUCAAGGAUACUGAGAAGCAAGACUCGUCUAAGAUGGAGAGGUCAGUGUGCCUUUUCAAACAAGCUCCUUCUAAUCCUAUAAGUGUCCUCAAUCGUCUACUCAGUGAUCUUCAGAAGUACGCCUUGUGUUUCCAACAGGCACUUAGCCCCUCAUCCUCUCGCUGUAGACGUAAAGUAGGAGACACAGAGGGCAAAUAUCACAAACUGCCCACUGGGAACUGCUACAGAGGCUAUGCCGAUCAACUGAAAAUGGAUUACAUGGCCAAAGGAGCUCAAGGCCAACAUCUGGAAAUGACAGUGGCCAAAAACACCAACAAUAACCAGAGUCCUUUCACCCCACCAGCCAAAUCUCCUAGCAAUCAGAGGGCAGUUAUCUCCCCUGAUGGAGAAUGUUCUACGAAUGACCCUUCCUUCUAUGUCAACCGAAUAUCUCCUCUGGUGGUCCAGAUGGCCCGUAAGAAAAUCAAGGAGAAGUUGGAAGGUGGAAGCCAAUGUCUUCAUCAUUCAAUCUAUCCACCAAGUGGGGACAAAGGGAAAAACAGCCCUCGUAGUGCUGUGAGCAAGAUCACUUCUGGUAGGGAAGGUGGCCAAAAAACCUUUCUGUAUAGUGAAUUAUCCAACAAGAGCAAAGGUGUAGACAAACAGAUGUGCCAAAGAGACAACAAAGAAUUUGCAGAUUCGAUCAGCAAAAUGUUCAUGGUUUAUGCAAAUCAAGUGGCAUCUGACACGAUGGUCUCUUUCAUGCAGAACUUGAAAGUUCAUAGCUCUGGGAAGCCAAUUCCAGCUUGUGUGGUCGUGAGGAGGGUGCUGUUAAAACACACCAAGGAAAUUGUGUCCGACUUGAUUGACUCCUGCGUGAAGAACCUACAUAAUAUCACCAGGGUCCUGAUGGCCAACUCAGACUUUGUCUCAGCUGUCAGGAGGAAUAUGUUCAACCAUGGGAAACAAAACACUACUGAUAUCAUGGAGGCCAUGCUGAAGCGUCUUGUCUGUGCUCUUCUUGGGGAAAAAAAGGAAACUAAGUCUCAGAGUUUGUCAUAUGCAUCCUUGAAGGCUGGGUGCCAUGAUCCCAAAUGCAAGAACCAAAGUCUCGAAUUCUCAGCUAUGAAGGCCGAGAUGAAGGGGAAGGGCAAAGGCAAAAUGAAACCAGAGAAGUGCAAAUCAUUGACCAGUGCUGAGAGAGGCAGUGAACAUACCCUCAAGGAGAGCCUGACAAUGUGGAACCAAAAUCAAGGCAAUCAAGGCAAGAUGGCUGGCAAAGCAUGCACCAAUAAGGAGGAAAAGAGAGAGAAGAUCAGCCUUUCCAUGGAUUCACUGGCAAAGGACUUGAUUGUCUCUGCCCUUAGGCUGAUCCAAUACUAUCUGACCCAGCAGGCCAAGGGCAAAGAUGCAUUUAAAGACUGUCCUUGUUCUACCACCAGCUAUAUGACUCAGAGUGCCCAAUACAAAAAGUGCAGAGGUAGCCAAAGUGUCAAGGCACUUUCAAUGAAACAUCUAGAAUCUCGUGGAGCACCUGGAUCAUCCACCUCUCUAAAGGAGAAUCAACACCUGGACUCCCAGAGGCUGGAUAUGUCAAACAUCGUUCUGUCACUGAUUCAAAAACUGCUUAGUGAGAGCUCCUUCAACUGUGGAGAUCUAGGUGAAGGUGAGAACAAACGUUCUGAGCCCAGGACAGACAAAGGAGCCUCCAUGUCCAAGAGGCCUGACAAAAGGGAAGAAAAAUGCCAGGACAAUCAAGAACUUGACUUUAUCAGUGGGAUGAAGCAAGUGAACCGACAAUUUAUAGAUCAACUGGUAGAAUCUGUGAUGAAGCUGUGCCUUAUCAUGGCUAAGUAUAGCAACAAUGGGCCAGCCCUUGCUGAGUUGGAAGAACAAGCAGCCUUGGCCAACAACCCCAACUACCAGGCCGGUGGCCCCAGAUGUAGUCAUGAUGCUGCCAUGUCACAGAACUAUCAAGACUCUCCUGGACCUGAAGUCAUUGUCAAUAAUCAGUGCUCAACAAGUAGCUUGCAAAAGCAGCUCCAGGCUGUCCUGCAGUGGAUUGCAGCCUCAUAAUUUAACAUACCCGUGCUCUACUUCAUGGGAGAUGAUGCUGGACAACUGAAGAAGCUUCCUGAAGUUUUAGCUAAAGCAGCAGAGAAGGGGUACAGUGUAGGAGAUCUUCUUCAAGAGGUCAUGAAGUUCACCAAGGAACAACCACUGGAUGAAGCCGUGGGAAACGUGGCUAGAAAACAACUGCUAGACUGGCUGCUCACUAACCUGUGA